AUGCGUGCCUCAUUGGCUGAUAACGUUUCCAGGCUGCAGGCUCUCCAACCUCCACCACCCAACGUUGCACCUAGCGCCAACACAACCUUGAUUCAGCCUCAGCCAAGCCAGACGGAUCAGAAACCCGACUCGCCGCUGGCGUCGUCACCGGUCAGCGGGGCCGCCGUCAGAUCCGGGCAGUGCAUGGUGGUUCUCUUUGGGCUCGGUGCGUAUAGCAACAUUCCUGCUCAUAUCCAACAACAACACAUCCGGACUUCCGGCGUCAUGAGUCGCCUCGCCUCUUGGUUCGCUGGCCCCAAGGCCGACGACGUCGACCCUCAAGCCGAACUCGCCGCCGAGCGCGACAAUCUCGCCGAGGCGAUGCGCGCGACCAACCUCAUCAUCAACGACGACAUUGACACCGCCGAGACGGAACUGCGCAAGGGCAGCUCCACCUACCACGAGCUCGGCACCACGCUCGUCUUCUUCAUGAAGGCCAUCCUGGGCUUCGAAAAGGAAAACAUCAACCGUGCCGCCGCCCUGCUGGCACAGUGCGAGACGCGAGCCUGGGACGACCUGCGGCGCGCGCAGAGGCGGGCGGCGGGCGGCCACGCGGCGGGCGGCGACAUCUACCCUCCUGGCACCGAGUACGAGCUCGUCGUGACGCAGACGCAGCUCAUGUCGGCCGUCCUGGGCGUCCUCAACGAGAGCGUCAUGGAGGCCAUGAAGAGCUUCCUGAAGCUGCGCCGUGCCUACAUUACGCUCGACGCCAUCAUGACCAAGGAAAAGGACUACUUUCAAAAGCAGCGCGCGCGGAAGGGGUCGAGCAGCGCCGCCGUCGCCAGCCCGCGCGCGUCGACGGAGGGAAAAGCGGUGUUUUCGGAAGCGCCCACGCCCGUGUCGUCCAACAGCAGCCUCGAGGCUCUCCCGGCUGGUACGGAGAAGCUGCCUACGCCGGCCAACACGGCGCCGGCGUUGCAGGACAUUGACGUCGAGCUGGCGAAUCCGAUUGACGCCUUUAUCCACUCGGGCGUCAACAUGUGCAUGGGCAUUCUGAUGCUCAUGAUGUCGAUGAUGCCGCCGGCCUUUGCCCGGAUUCUCUCCAUUGUUGGUUUCGUGGGCGAUCGCGAGGCUGGCAUCCGCAUGCUCUGGCGAUCUGUAGCGCAUCCCAACGCUAACGGUGCAUUUGCCGGCAUUAUGCUUCUCAACUUUUACCACAGCAUGCUCGGCCUUGUCGACAUUCAGCCUCACGAGGCAGACUUUGACGAAUCCGCCGAGCCCUACGGCACGCCCCAGCACAAGGUUGCCGAGCUGCUUGCCACCAUGCGCGAGCGCUUCCCGCAGUCGCGCAUGUGGCUAAUCGAAGAGGCCAAAGGCCUGGCCUCGCGGCGCGACCUACCCGCCGCCAUUUCCGCCCUCGAAAGCGGUACGCAAUCGAAGAUGAAGCAGGUCACCGCCAUCAACCAAUUCACCCUUGCCCUCUUUUCCAUGUCAGCGCACGACUGGCCGCGCAUGCGCAAGUACUUUCUCCACUGCGUCGAGGUCAACACCUGGAGCGCGGGGCUGUACUACUACAUGGCGGGCGCCGCGUCGCUGGAGCUGUACCGCGACGCCGUCGCGCGCGGGGACGCGGCCGCGGCCGCGACCGAGAAGAAGACGGCCGAAAAGUACCUCCGCCAGUCGGGCGAGACAUCGACCAAGAAGAGGUUUCUCGCCCGCCAGCUGCCGUUUGAGGCGUUUGUGCAGCGCAAGGUACACAAGUGGGAGGCGCGCCGCAAGGCCCUCGGCGUCGACUUUGUCGAUGCCGUGUCUGUGAGCCCCGCGGUCGAGAUGAUGUUUGCCUGGAGCGGACCAAAGUGGAUGGGCGCGGCCGAGUUUGCCAAGGCCGAGGCGUGUCUGGCGUGGAGCAGGCUCACGGUGCCCGCCGAGAAGCUGGAGAAGCUCCAGGAGAGGGAUGAGCUGGGCGUGCGGGCUGUGUGUCUGGCGUCCAUCCUGCGCGGCAGCAACCGCCUGGACGAAGCCAAGGCCCUGCUCAAAGAGGAGGUGCUGUCCCACGACCGGAAUCUGUUCAAGGGCGGUCAGAAGGAAGACUACGUCGUACCGGCGGCGGUGCACGAAGUCGCUGCCAUUGCGUGGGCCGAGUGCGGCCAGCCACCCGCCGGCCUAGAUGCGGCGGCGACGGAGGCGUACGAAAAGGACAAGUUCAAGGUAUGCGAGGAGAACCUGGAAAAGGCGCGUGCGUGGGAGGCGUACGUGCUGGACGCACGCAUGGGCAUGCGCAUCCAGUGCGGGCUCGCGACGCUGGCGUGGUACCGCAAGAAGAAGGGCUGGGUGGCGUAG